CUGACGCGCCUACCAGUCGAAUGCGUGCGUUUGCCUGAUCUACCACAGGUCACACUAAUCGGUAUUCCUCCGCGCGUUCGAUUCCGGGACAUUUUUCGUGCGCCAAGCCAGCGGAAAUGCAACUCCGUAAGCCGCUGUUCUUCAUCGUCCUCCUGGGCUGCGUUCUCGGCUGCCGGUGCGACGGCCUCUCGGUGAAACCGAUCGAGAAAAAUGACACGGCAGCAGAUAUCGCACGCGGUGAGAAGCAGCUCGGGGAUCAUAUUCGCGCGAUCUUGAAGCACUAUCAGCAAGAAGAUCCGGUGGGACUACCUGGAGCACCGAUACCGGACCCAAUGUCAGUGCCGGAUAUGAAACAUUCCUUCUCCAUGUACACCAUGGACUUCAAGCAGAUCAACGUUUACGGUCUUUCGAAAUUUCGGAUCGUGAAUGUGCAGUCGGAGCUGGCCUUGAUGCAAGUUUCUGUUUCGUUGAACAUCCGGACACUGGAUAUCCGCGGAUUGUACACGUUGUCGUCGUGGCUAUCGCGAUCGGCCGGUGAUUUCACCGUUGAAUUGACAGGGGUGAAUGUCCAAGGUGUCGCUAGGCUGGAGGUCGGCAACGAUGGCAAGCUGCAAGCGCAGAACAUCGACAUGGACUUGACCUUCGGGAAGAUCGACAUGGACUUCAAGAAUCUGGGCUUCCUGGGUUCUGUCUUCCAAGGAGUCAUCAAUUCCGUGGGAACGUUCAUAUUCGACAGUAUCAAGCCCUUCAUAUUGAAGGAAGUCAACACUAACAUACGAGGCGAAGUCAACAAGCAAAUAUCACAGCUGCCACAGUACUUCCCGAACUCUAUAUCACCGUUCGAUAUGGCCGUCGCCGAGGCUCGCCGGCAAGUAUCUGAAUUAGGGUACGACCCGUAUCAGGUAAAAAAUUACAGCCAAACGAACGGGAUAUUCGCCAUGACGUCGACGCAUACCUGGAUCACUGGCCUGGCGAGUUUCUACAGGAUGGGUAACAUCACGUUGAGCAUGGAAAACAGAACAGUGUAUGCAACGAUCGACGUUGGGACUCAGGAGAUCGAAGGAAAAACCCAUUGGGAAGUGGGCCUGGUCGGUGGAUUCCUCAUGAGGGCAGGUACAGUGUGCUUCACCGUGCAGUACUUUAGGGUCCAAAUGAAACUAAGCCAGCCUUUGGACACCCGGAAGAGGCCCAGCCUCGAGGAACUUAAUCUCGAGUUGGGCAACAUCCAAACCAGGGUCCACGGAGCUGGAACUAUCGAUUACAUAAUGGAAGGCAGUAUUAACGUACUGCCAAAUCUCUUAAGGUAUCAGAUAAUGGAUGCCAUAGAGGAACCCCUUAAGAAACGCUUGCAGACCGAGCUAAAUAAGGUGGACGUCGAGAAACUAAUUCACGACAAGAUACCGGACAUCGAACAACAGGCCAGAUACAUUCAAGGCUUAGUCCCUUCCGAAGAGACCCUUCUGGAAGAGCCAUUGUUGUCCGAAGAUCAAGACGAGCAACCGUUCUCGGAUAGCGAAGAGAAUCGGGGACCGUCAUAAAUUUGCCAAAGAUAGAGUACAAUUUAACGAUUAGAUUAUUUAUGUCUAGAUAAUAAAUCAAUUCUGCCAAUAAUUCUUCGAUGCGAGUACCCGUAUCCGACGACGUAUACGCUGAAUAUUUUGUAAAUAUUUUUACAUUUUACCAAAGUGGACACUUCUUAAAUAUAUCGUUCUUACACGGAAUUCAAAA